AUGGUUAAGCUAACUGUUUUGAAGGUUGAUAUUGAUUGUCUCAAAUGCAAAAAGAAGCUCAUCAAAGCGGUUUCAUCUCUUCGAGGCAUAGAUGAAAUAGAAGCGGAUGAAGAAAAAGGAAAAUUGACUAUAAUAGGAAAUGCAGAUCCAUAUGACAUAAUGGUUCGAAUAAGAAAAGCUGGGAAAAGUGCUCAUAUUCUAAGUAUCGGGGAUCUUCCUGUCCCGGAUCCUCCAAAGCCGAAUUCUCCAAAGAAGUCUGAAGAAGAUACAAAGCUUGAAGAAAAACCUGAAGAAAAGCCUGAAGAAAAACCUGAAGAAAAACCUGAAGAAAUUAAAAAAUCCGAAGAAAAACCGGAAGAAACAAAAAAAUCGGAAGAAAAACCUGAAGAAAAAUCCGAAGAAACUAAAAAACCUGAAGAAAAGGCUGAAGAAGAGAGUAAAUCCGAAGAAAAUAAUAAGCCCGAGCCAGCGAGUUCGGAUCCGGUGAAUCCGAAUCAAAUAUAUAAUGUGUCACCCUAUAUGAUAAUGCCUCCUCCAUAUUACUACCCACAAUACUACCCGGUGCCUCCUCAUUACUACUACCCACAGCACUACCAGGCCCAACCCCAACCAACGCCUCCUCAGUACUCCUACCCACAAUACCACGAGGCCCAGCCAGUUGCUGUGCUACACAUGGCUAGGUGGGAUGAGCCUGAUACAUCUUGCAAUAUAUUGUGA